AAAGUGUUUUGACUGUGAAUUCUGUGCAUAAAUUGUUUCGAGAAAUAACUGUGACAAAUUGUGCAGAAAUUUGAAAAAUCUUACUGGUAAAUUAUACAAAUCUUAUCUGAUAUUUGUAGGUGUUUAGUUUGUUGAACCAUUAUUUGGUUUUUUUUGGGAGUCCCACGCUUAGUGCCCUAUAUUAAUUGCACUUUAUUUGAAAUGAACAUGACUUUUAUCAAAUAUGAAUAGCAUGUUCAAUUCAAAUUAAAAAGCAUAAGAUUAUUUAUUUUGUAUUGUAUAAUGUAUAUGGUUUGGGGCCUAAAACAUUGCCAAUAACUAGUCAUUGGGGUAAUUGAUUUCCUGUCAUGUUAAGGUGGUAAUGUUAUUUGUAUUUUUAAUUUAACAUGGUUAGAUCAAUUGGCCUCAAUUAAAGGCUCUUAUCAUAGGAAGUCUAUCCGGCAAUGCCCAGAAGGAUAGGGAGAUGGGAUCUGUGCUUGAUGAGAAUUGAACCUCACACCUCAAGGAUGUGAGGUGACCUCUAGGCCACUGAUCCAAGAGGUAUGAGAGUAUGAGACUAUGAGUGUGACAGAUGUUACAUAAUGCACAUCAAGACACCACAAGAAUUAAAUUCGCCAUAUGAUAAAAUUUGUUUGAAAUGUAUGGAGUAGCUUAUGGAUAGGUCACGAAGUUAACUCAAACCGAUGUGUCAAAAAAAAAAAAAAAAAAAAAAAACCCAAACCGAAAUGUUUAUCAAGAGUUUGGAAACUGCCUACUUUGUACGGAGUACAAUUAUAUUGUAUAUAUAACUUUUUUUUUUUUAAAAGAAAUAAUUUAUAUAUGUAUAUAAAACCUAUAAACCUAAGAUUCCUAAUCACCCAUAUUUCCUUAAAAGUAAAUUACUCACUCCGUAUCAAAUUAACAGUAACAUUUGGCUUUUACAGUUUUCAAAUCUUUACAUCUCUAAUUAACUAAUGUUUUAAAAAAAAAAAAUCAAAAUAGAUCCAUCACACUAAACUAUUCGUAUAUUUGUUCUUCUAUACUCCGUACUUCUUAUUAGUAAUAAAAUACGGUCAAAGUUUAUACUUAUAAUUGAACUUCAUAAAAUGAUAAAAUCAAUAACUAGGGACAAGGUAGUAAUAAUACUCCUUCCAAAACAAGAAGAGCACAACAACAGCGUAACGGUCCCGAACGUUACUUUCCAAAAUUCAAAAUCACCCCCCUUUCAAAUAAGCGGGACUCCCGUUUUUUCUCUCUCUCCUCACAUUCAAAAACUUACCUCCUUCCUCUUCAGAUCUCAAAUAUAACGUCCAUUUUUUUUCUCCCUGAAACUUCACCUCCUCUUCUUCUUCUUCACUCGAGCUUUUCACCUUCAUCAAUGGCGACUCUUACCCCAGGAAUCCUCCUUAAACUCCUUCAAUCCAUGAACACCAACGCCAAACCCACCGGCGAACACCGCUCUGCUCUUCUCCAAGUCAUCGGAAUCCUCCCAACUUUACCCUCUAAUUCUCUAUCCAACACUGCAACUACUACUCCCACUUCUAACCUCGACCUCUGGCCUAACCAUGGCUUCCUUCUUCAGCUCUCCGACUCCAAGAACUCAACCUACAUUUCCCUCUCUGAUCGUGACACCGAUCUCAUCCUCUCUAAUCGAAUUCAAUUGGGUCAAUUCGUUUACCUCGAUCGAUUCGUGUUCGACCCUUCUUCUCCGAUUCCUUUUGCUACCGGAAUCCGACCCGUUUCCGGGAGACACCCCUUUAUUGGGUCGCCGGAGCCGUUAACCAUUCGGGCUUCCAAGGAGAAGAGGGAUUUCGUCAUUCAGCCUGUUUCGGAUUCUAAUGACUCAAUUGACCCAAUUUUAUCGCUUCUUCAGAAGAAGGGGAGGAAGGAUAAGGAAGAUUAUAAUAACAAUAGUAACAAGGAGAAUUUAGGGGUGACCCCACAAAGAUUCACUUCUCCGGCGCCGGCGAAGAGGUCGGUAUCGGCGGGGAGGAGAGAGAAAGUCAAAGAGAGGGACCCUUCUCCGGCGACGACUAAAGUCAAGAGGUCAGCAUCACCGGUUCCAUCAAAAUGUGUGGUACCGAGUUUGGCCGAGGCGAAGGCAGCGGAGGAAGGGAGGAAAGCGGGAAGAGAGGCGGCUAUCGUUGUGCCGUCUCGGUAUCGGCAACCAUCACCAACAGCAGGGAGAAGGGCCGCAUCACCGGCUUCAAGGAGGAUGUCGUUGUCGCCGGCUAGGAGAUUGUCUGGUGGUGGAGGAAGUUCAGGGAAUAGGAAGAAGAGUAUUAAUGGUGGGAUUAUAAGUGGAAUUGGGAGUUUGAAGGUUUCUGAGGGUAGUUUGGGAAAAAGUGGUAGUGGUGGAGGAAGGAAGAGUUGGGGUAAUGAAGGUGAGGUUAAAGAAAAGAGUAGUAAUGUGAAGAGUAAUAAGCCUGAUUUGCAAGCUCUUAUUCGAACUCAGGCUGCUUUGUCUCGCCGUUUAAGUGAUGUACAUAGUCAUGAAUCAAAGGAUGAUGCUACUUCUGAUAGCAAGUCCAAAUCUAGCACCCCUGAUGAAUUUGUCACACCUGACAAGCCAUUUGCUUUAGCUGCUGGAAUCACCAUUCACGAUAAGAAAUGGACUGAUGGUAGCGUGCCACUAGAUGCUGUAUCAGGCAGCCUUGCAAAGCUUGGGAAGGAAGCUAUCCAAAGGAGGGCUAUUGCUGCAACUGCGGCAGCUGAAGCUUUGCAAGAAGCAUUGGCUACUGAGUCUAUUGUAAGGAGUUUGAGCAUGUUUUCAGAUCUUUGCUCUUCAUCAAAAGCUGGAAACCCUUUACCUACAAUAGACAGAUUCUUAUCCAUGUAUGAAAAUGCCUCACGAGCAGCUGCCAAUGUCGAGUCAGUUUCAUUUAGUCAUAGUUCUGAGGCGCAGGAUGUUGUCAUUCCUACUGAGCAAUCAAAGUCUGCUUCUGCUUGGGUUGAAGCUGCUCUCUCCACUGAUCUUGCGGUUGUUUCCCUUCUCACUGGCCAAAACACUGAGUCUGUACCCCCACCUUCCCUACCAAAGAGCUCUUCAAAACGCCAAUCUAUAGGAAGCACAACUAAAAACCACUCAAAAACCUCUUCAACAGUGUCAGAAUCACCUAAGAAGACAUGGACAAGAGGCCUCGGAAUAAGAGACACAGUAGAGCUAGCUAUUACUUUAAAGUCUGAGAUGGAGAUGUGGUUUUUGAAGUUUGUGGAAGAAUCAUUAGAUGCUGGAUUUCGUGUUUUCAGCGAGUGUGGCAACAGUGGUGGCCGGAAACUGCCAGUUGAAUGUGGAUCAAUUGCUGCAAUUUUGUCACAGUUGAAGAGGAUAAAUGACUGGUUAGAUCUUGUUGUCAAGAAAAGGGAUGAAGUGUUAACUGACAAGAUUGAACGACUCAAGAGGAAGAUCUAUGGUUUCGUUAUUCAGCAUGUUGGAACAACUUUUGACAACAACUCGACUCCUAUUUCUUCAUCUUAAAAGGUCCAGCCCUUAGUCAAUUAAAUAACAAGGUGUUCUUAUCAGCAAUUCGUUGUCUUUCGUAGAACUAUUAUGCUUGUGUCAUUGUUUGAUGUCUUAAGCUUGUUAGAGUUCUCACAAUUAAUCUGUAAUUUGCUUCCUUUGCAAAUAAAUUAUUCAAAUAUUUUGCGUAUAGAAAUGGGUAUUUCUGCCUCCAAUUUUUCA